ACAACCCAACAUAUAAACCAACCCAACAGGCAGAGAUUUUAUACCCGCUUCCAUUGCUAAUUAAAUAAACAGAUCAUCUGCUAUUGAACACGCUCGUCGAUCUACAACAGAAAGACGCAAAGUAUCGAAGGUCUUUCAUCCGUUCAGCAGCGAAAUCUCCCAGAUACUUUUGACAGCAGGACAAAUCAUUCAGUGCUGACAACAAUGGCUUCAUCCUUCCUCCCUGCAACAACAGACUCACUUGUUCUGGCUUCAGAGGCAAAAACUCCAUCCGAGUCUCUCUCUAUCCUUCACAAUAUCCUUAACAACCCUUCAUCCUCUUCUGACGCUCUAAGGAUAAAGGAACAAGCAAUAGCUAAUCUAUCUGACCUCCUUAGACAGGAAAACAGGGCUGAUGAUCUCAAAAACCUUCUUACCCAAUUACGGCCCUUCUUUUCCUUGAUACCCAAGGCAAAAACUGCUAAAAUUGUCAGAAGUAUUGUUGAUACAUUGGCAAAAAUACCCGGCACUUCUGACCUUCAGAUCACCCUUUGCAAAGACAUAGUCCAGUGGACCCGUGAUGAGAAACGGACUUUUCUUCGCCAAAGAAUUGAAGCCAAACUUGCUUCACUCUUGAUGGAAAGCAAAGAGUAUGCUGAGGCGUUGACUCUCCUUUCAGGUCUCAUCAAAGAGGUGAGGAGAUUGGAUGACAAGCUUUUGCUUGUGGAGAUUGACUUGCUAGAGAGCAAACUUCAUUUCGCAUUGAGAAACCUCGCAAAAGCAAAGGCUGCGCUUACCGCUGCUCGGACUGCAGCCAACGCUAUAUACGUGCCUCCAGGUCAGCAGGGUUGCAUCGAUCUGCAGAGUGGGAUUCUCCACGCUGAGGAAAAAGAUUAUAAAACGGCAUACAGCUAUUUCUACGAAGCAUUCGAGGCUUUUAAUGCUCUGGAGGACCCACAGGCAAUAUUCAGCCUAAAGUACAUGUUGCUAUGCAAGAUUAUGGUGGGCCAGGCGGAUGACGUCGCAAGCAUAAUAUCAUCACCUAAGGUUGGGUUGCAGUAUCAGGGACCGGAACUAGAUGCCAUGAAAGCAGUUGCUGAUGCCCACUCAAAGCGGUCUUUGAAGCUUUUCGAGGUUGCUCUUAGGAAUUUCAAGUCACAGCUGGAUGAGGACCCAAUAGUCCACCGUCACCUGUCCUCACUUUAUGACACUCUCCUGGAGCAAAACCUUUGCAGGUUGAUUGAGCCGUUCUCCAAGGUUGAGAUAGGGCAUGUUGCCGAGCUUAUUGAGUUGCCUGGGGAACACGUUGAGAAGAAGCUGUCUCAGAUGAUUUUGGAUAAGAAGUUUGCCGGAACCCUUGACCAGGGUGCUGGAUGCCUCGUCAUCUUUGACGACCCCAAGACAGAUGCGAUUUAUCAGGCUACGCUGGACACAGUCUCAAACAUGGGAAAGGUUGUUGACAGUCUUUUCCUAAGAUCUGCUAAGAUAAUGGCUUGAUUUGCAGCAUCUCAGGAUUUCCUUCUGUGUUUCGUUUUGUGGUCUUAUACAUCGACUUCUUAGGGAUCGGAAAAUUACUGUAUUUGACUGUAUGGGUUCAUUCUGUUUGGUAUCAAAAUUUGGGUUCUUACUGUAUUAUUUACUUAAUAUAUAUUUAUUAUCUACGAAAUAUCUACUUAUUAUAUACUACCUCCG